AUACUGAAAAUAAACCAAAAACGGGGACUCAACGGUCCCUUUUCACUCUCUCUCUUUCUUUCUUUAUCUCUCCCUUCAAUGUAGUUCAUCGGAGAAUGGCAAACUAUCACCGGAACAACGUCGGAAACCUCGUUCUCGGCCACCGCCACCGCCACCACCACUCUUCGAAACCACCAACAUUCUCCCACCACUUCCGUCUCUGGAACUCCCUUUCCAUUGCUUCUCUCCGUCGUCUCAUCUUCCACGCCGUCAGCUGCGGUGGCGCCACCUCCCGUUAUAAUCACCGCCGCCGUAGCACUUUCAACGAAGAUGACACUGAAGACUUCUCUUCAUCAGCAGCUUCUUCCUUCGACAAACGACAACAGACUCAAACUUCAAAACCGAAUGUGAAAUCGGAGAAACUCUCCGAUCUUCUUAACAUGGCGGAGAUAGAGACGGAAGAGGAAGCAAAGAAGAAGGAAGAAGCUCUAGAGAAACUUAAGAGACUUGUGAAGGAUUUGCAUGAGGAAGAUGAUUCGGUGAAGCGGCGUGAAGCUGCGACCACCGUGAGAAUGCUCGCUAAGGAGAAUUUGGAAGUCAGAGGAACACUUUCGAUGCUCGGAGCUAUUCCACCAUUAGUCGCAAUGCUCGAUUCAAAAGACGUUGAUUCUCAGAUCGCUUCUCUCUACGCUUUGCUCAAUCUCGGAAUCGGAAACGAUACAAAUAAAGCAGCCAUUGUUAAAGUUGGUUCUGUACACAAGAUGCUUAAGCUUAUUGAAUCUUCAGAUGGUAUUGAUUCAGCGGUUUCUGAAGCGAUUGUUGCGAAUUUUCUUGGAUUAAGUGCGUUGGAUUCGAAUAAACCAAUUAUUGGGUCUUCGGCUGCAAUACCCUUUUUAGUUAGAACUCUUCAGAAUAAGAAUUUAGAUAAGCAAAGUAGUAAUCAAGUUAAGCAAGAUGCUCUUAGAGCACUUUACAAUCUUUCAAUCUUCCCAGCCAAUGUUCAGUUUAUUUUGGAAACUGAUUUGGUACUGUUUCUGAUAAACUCGAUUGGCGACAUGGGAGUAACUGAAAGAAACCUUUCAAUCCUUAGCAAUUUGGUAUCAACUAGAGCAGGUAGAAAGGCGAUAAGUGCUGUCCCGGAUGUGUUCCCUAUCUUGGUCGAUGUAUUGAAUUGGAAUGAUUCACCUGAAUGCCAGGAAAAGGUUUCGUAUAUUUUGAUGGUUAUGUCGCAUAAAUCUUAUGGUGACAAGCAGGCCAUGAUAGAGGCAGGGAUUGUGUCGUCGCUUCUUGAGUUGUCGCUUAUUGGUACUACUUUGACUCAGAAACGGGCAUCAAGGCUAUUGGAAAGUUUGAGAAUAGAUAAAGGGAAACAGGUUUCAGGGAACUAUAACGGAAAUUUAGGCGCAACUGUUUCUGCCCCAAUUUGCGGAACUUCAUCGUCGUGUGCAAAACCAGAUGGAGGUGGAGGAGGAAAAGAUUGUUCGGAAGAAGAUGAAGAUAUGAUGAGCGAAGAGAAGAAAGCAGUGAAGCAAUUAGUCCAAUUAAGUUUGCAAAACAACAUGAGGAAAAUUGUGAAGAGGGCCAACUUGCCUCAAGAUAUAGUCCCAUCAGAUCAUUUUAAGUCACUCACUUCAAGUUCAACUUCUAAGAGUUUACCAUUCUGAAGAAUUUUCGAUGUGCAGUGAGUCUAGGUUGAAGAGUAUGAACCAUAAUGUAUGUUAGUCUUUAUAUCAUAGUUUUUAAUUAGCUUUUAAGCUUGUAUUGUAUGUAGUAGUAGUUAAAUUCUUUACUAGCAUUGCUAAAUUAGACAUUGCUUGUCAAGAUCUUAAUAGAUAGUUGUAAAAUAUAUUUCUAGUUUAGGUUUCUUGAUAAGAUUGCAUUGUUUCUUUUCUGUUUAAUAUUUUGUUUCUUUUA